AUGGAUGAUUUGGCCAGUUUUGAGUUCACCCCUUUCUCUCCUCAAGGUACUGAAUUGAAGAGAUACCAAAAUUGGUGGGUGAGCAACAUGGAGGUUUAUUUGGCUAUCCCCCCUCAGAACCUAUUGGAAGUGCUGGAUGUGCCCAAGCCCAAGGGAGCUGAGACUGUCAUUUCUUCCACUGUUUCAAUUACAAUACCUGCUACAACGCAGUUUACUUCUGCUGCUUCAAUUUCUCCCAGAGUCACCCGAAGUGGUCAACAACAAAAGAAGAAGAGACUCCUUGAGCUAGAAAAGGAAAAAACUGAGCUUCCAGAGACAGAAGAAGAAGAAGAAGAUCAAGAACAGGAGUCUCCCUUGAAAAGAAGCAAAAGAGUACCUCAAUUGGCUCAAGAGGAGACGGCCGCUAAGAAGGUAGAGGAGGAGCUCAUUUUUGAAGAGUCUGGACCCCAACCUAAAGAGGUCGAGAAGACAAUGGAGGAGCGAAUGAUACCAAUUCAAAGGAAAAGGAGAAGAAAAAUUACUGUUUCUCCUUCCGAUUUUACUGAAGAUUCUGAUUCCGAGACAAUUGCCCAAGUAAUAGAAAAGAGGAGGAAGGUUACCGCUUUAGCUACCGGCUCGUUUGAAGACCCCAACCAUAAGGCUGUAGAACAAGAAUAUUCCAAAGCCAUAGUUGUCCUUGAAAGGGCUGAGGGGAGGCAGCAGCAACAAUUCCUAAGAGAGAAGGUCGUUGCCGUUGAUGCAUUACCAAAGGAAAUGGCAAUAGAACAACAGACUAUUGAACUAUACACUGGAACAACAACGACCACUGCAUUCAUCUUUCCAGCGAGACCUUCCCCAAUUUCAGUUGAAGUUGACCAGAUGCAACGCGUGAAAACCAUUCAAAUCAUGCUCCCACUUCCUAAGCCUAUAUUCAAUACAUCUUUUCCGAGUCCAAGUAUCCCUGCAUCUCUUUUCCUUGGCUUAGAGCCAUACCUCCCUUUCUUGACUCUUGAUCUGCCUCAGUUUGCUUCUUCGAUCCUCGCUCUUCCUCCUACUGCUACUUCAUCUCACAUGGCAGUUGAUUCUCCUUCAGAGGGUGCUGAUAAUUCUUCAACUCAUGGCUCAUCACCAAUGCCUACUUCCAGCCCUUCCUCACUUGAUUUGCUGGUGGCCAAGACCAUAGAGGCUGCCAAAGAUGCUCCAUCUGUUUCUCCCAUCCCUAUGCAGCCCUUUGUGUCUUCCACCACAACACUCUCUAUGCCCUUCAUGUCAAGGGAUGAGGUAGACAUUUUUGAAGAAAGACUAGCUAGUCUUUUUGACAUUCCUUCUACCUCUCCUACUUCUACUACUGAAGCUGAGCCAUUAGCCUUGGCUAACUCCCUUUUGGAAAUCUUCGAGAGUUCUCCUUCCUCCAGCAACAAGCCUUUUGUACCUUUAGUAGAUUUGGACACAUGCUUGCAACUGUUGACUUCCUUUUCAAGGAUCCCCUUCGAGGCUCUACAAAGGCCUAUCAUCAGGAAUGGGUUCCUUCAAUGCUGUAACAAUGCUGAGCAGUCUGCCAUGAGUGUCUCAAGUCAUCUAUCUCAGGCUGCAGCUACUAUUGAUUUCUAUCUCAACAUUUGCCAUGCUGCUAAGACUGCGGAUGAGAAGCUGGCUAAGGACCAGAGCUUUGUUUCUCAAGUGCAUACCGAAGUAUCAUCUCUGAAAGAACAACACUCUUCUGCCUCCCACUUUCGAGUCCAACUUCUAGAGAAGAAAGCUCAGCUUGAAGAGGAGUUAGCCGCAGUAAACCAAGCCUUGGUUCGAACUGAUAAGAAACUGCACAUCACCAAUCAAGGACUGGCUGAUCGAAAAGAAAACAUGGCUGCAGCUAUUCAAUUAUUUCCUUCCCUUAGCAAUAGGAAAGCUAUUGUACAAAAACAAUUAAAGCAUUGUAAUGAUUUUUGGGCCAACUUGUGGCAUAAUGUACUUGAUUCUUUAUGA